CCCCACGCUACAGUCCUUGCUCUCCUCCCAACCCAUCUGUCUACCACCGCCGACCACCGACUUUCCGCCGUGAAUCCUGAGUAGUACACGGCGAACAGACUGAUGGCACUUCACCCGCCGUACGAUCCGUACUAUAUCCAGCAACCGGAGUACGUGUUCGCCAAGGACACCGAGAACACGAUCAACACACUCUUCGUAGCGGGCUUACCGGACGAUGUCAAAGCCCGUGAGAUUCACAAUCUAUUUUGCCGCCGUCCAGGCUUCGACUAUUGCCAGCUCAAGUACACCGGUCGCGGCAAUCAGGUUGUUGCAUUUGCUAUCUUUGUAAAUCAUCAAUCAGCAAUGGCAGCUAUGCAUGCAUUAAAUGGUGUAACAUUUGACCCUCAAACUGGAUCCACUUUGCAUAUUGAAUUGGCCAGAUCAAACUCAACAAGAUUACGUAAACCGGGAGAUGGAGCUUAUGUUGUUAUUGAUAGAAGGACUAAAGCUUCUACCGAUGCCCACAAUACAUCAAGUGAUGAUGGAGAAAAUGAAACUGAUGAUCCCUCGGGCCCAAAUGUCACUGAUUCUGUCAACAAGGAUGAUUCAGAGAUCGCAAAAAGUGGCGAGGCAGUGAUUCAUACUGACAGUGCUGUCGCUGCGGAAAAUGAUCAGACAGAAAAGACAGACAUUGAAGGUGCUCAACAUUGUUCUACUUUAUUUAUUGCAAAUCUAGGUCCGAGUUGCACUGAAGAUGAACUGAAGCAAGUUCUUUCCCAAUACCCUGGAUUUAAUGCACUCAAGGUGCGUGCUAGAAGUGGAAUGCCGGUAGCAUUUGCUGACUUUGAGGAGGUUGAACAGGCAAACGAGGCCAAGAAUGCACUUCAGGGAAGCUCGUUGCCAUCAUCAGACCGGGGUGGCAUGCACAUAGAGUAUGCAAGGUCUAAAAUGAGGAAACCCUAGAAGAAAUCUGGGGCAAAGUGGCAGGACCGAAGACCUUUCGGCAAUUCCUUAUUUCAACUGAAUCCAUCUC